CAAAGAAGGAAAGUAAGAAAGAGAAAUAAAAGUGAGAAAGAUGACGAUGCUUCUGACAAAGCUCAAAACGAUCAUCUGUUUCUGGUUCUGUUGCCACAAUUACAUCAUCGGAAGCCGAUGAUGCUGGAGAGCAGAAAAGUCGUCGAUCGUUCAAAUUUUUGAAGAUAGGAAAAAACACUCGAAACAUGACAACGAAGCAAUUCCACCUGAAUCUGGUGGUGGAAUUGACAUUACAAGUGAACCAGACGGCAGCGGUCAAAAGAAUUCUAUUCAGAGCGAGGGUGAGAGGGAUGUUAAAACUCCAAAUGAUCCAAAAGUCAAAAAAGAAAAGGCUGAAAAAGUUUCCAUUAAAAGUCAGUCGGAUAAGGAAAGUUCUAAGAAAACAAUUAAAGAAAUUUCUAAAGAAAUGGAAGAAACACCACGAGUUGAAGUUGAAGCUCCACCGGUUUUUGUAUCAAAAGUUACAAUACCUAUGGCAUCUGCAUCACGGUCAACCUCUUCAGAUAAUGAUGGAGAAACAAAAAAUCAUGGUGAAAAUGGUAGUAAUGAAGAUUCUGGCACGACAGAAAAUGUUGAGAAAUUACAAAGAAAUGACAUAGAAGUUUUUCCGCGCGAGCUAGAUGGUGAGCAAAGAUUUGAAGUGAAUGUCGAGCGUGAAAAUGUAGCUGAUGAUGAUGAACAAAAGAAUAGUUUAUUCAAAAUACGGAAACAUUGGAGGAUAAGGAAAUUGAAGAGAGAGCCGAUGACAAGUCAAGUGUCAAAAAAUUUAUCUCGCAAGGCUCCGAUAUGGUUCCAAACACUAAUGAGGAGUCUUUGAAAGGUGAUGGGCUUGUUUUCGAUAAAGUUGAAGAAGAUGAAGCAGAAACACCUAAAGUUAAAGGAUUUGAAGCUAAAAACUGGAAGUGAAUGAAUUUGAAGUCGAAGCAAAGAAUGAAGAAGAUACUGCUGAUGAUGGAGAAGAACAUUCAAAGAAAACGAACAACUGCUGAAAAAGGAAUGAAAAGAAGAAAGAAAACGAAAAGAAAGGAUGAACAGAAAGAUCCUGAAACACUGGAAGAAGAAGAACAGAAAGAUUCUGAAACACUGGAAGAAGAAGAACAGAAAGAUCCUGAAACACUGAAAAUGGAAGAACAGAAAGAUCCUGAAGCUGAAAAAAGGGAAGUGGAUGAAAUAGAAGAACAGAAAACAAAACAGGAAAACGAAACGUUGGAAUCAAACCAACUAGAAAGUUAUAAAAAUGAAACAAAGGAAGGUGAUGAAAGAGAAGAAGGAAAAGUAGAUGAAAUUAAAGAAAAGCAAAUAGAUGCUCAGGAAAAUGGCAGUCCAUCUUCUGAAGAUGUUUUGGAAAAUGAAAAGAAAGAAGAAAUUUCGUAUCUUAGUCUAUCCAAUCAAAGUGAAGACAAACCUGAAGAUGAAAAAGUCAAUCGUGAAAAGAACGUAAAAAAUCGAGCGAAAUCGCCUGGCGCUCGUCAGAUUGAGGAAUCUCUAAAACACACAAAAAAACGAACAUUGUUCGGGUUAAAAGCAUACUGCUGCGUUAUUCUGUAAGUUUAUUUACCAAGUUUUCGUAUAAUUCAUGUGUUCGAGUAGAUAAUGAUAUAGAUUUUUAGCAAAUAGUUGGGGUUUAAUGUGUGGGUGUAAUGUAUGCUAUAACAAUAUUUAUCGAACGUUAGUUGAUUUUAUCAUUAUACUGCUAUCUAUGUUAACACUAUUGACGUAUUUGAAAUUAAAAUAGAGCAGCAUAAAGCUAUUGAUGUUUCUCUGCGAAACGUAUUUUAUCAACGUAUUGUAUAACUCUUGGAAACCAAUGGAAGCCAAUUGGCCAAAUCUACUUUUCAAGAAGCCAAAUUCGAGAUAUUUCACUUAUUUGGGAACUGAAAUUUGCUAUGUAUUAAUAAAAAAAGUGCUCUUGCAAAA